GUUAAACUUCACUAUCACGCGAUAACAUCCACAUGAUCCCAUUCACUGAUACACGUGGAGACUGUACACGCGUACCACCUAUUUACAGUCCACCUCAUAUAACAACAAUGUCAAACCAACCAACUGGAUCUAAUAUUUCUUUGACUGUGCCUCAAUCGAAAGUACCAUCUCGAAGAGGCAGACGAUCAAAUGUUCCACCUGAGAUUAGAGAGCAAACACGUCGAUUGAAGAAACAAAAUAUGGAACGUAGACGACGUGCGUGUAUCUCAGAUAAAAUGAAUGCAUUGCAUAAUUUGGCUAUGAAUCUGAUUGGAAUUGAUCCUGAAAAAUGCGGUAAAGUUGAGAAGGCUGAUAUACUAAAUUUAUGCCAUGCUGUAUUUCAAGGAAUUGCAAAUAUUAGUAAAGAUGAACCUGAAUUACGUUCACGUUUACAAAAAUUGCGUCAUACUUUAAAUCAAACUGGUUGUUCCUCCUCCUCGUCUUCCUCUGCUUCUACAUCAUCGACUGUAAUAAAAAAUGAGUCAACUUUAAACACUGAUAGAAUGACAGAAACUACUGUACAGCAGAAUAAACAAAGUGAAUCUUUACACUCAAACUGUGUUCAUUUCUCUAACUUACCAAUACAAUCAUCACAAACAUCAUUGUUCACGUCAAGUUAUAAUGAUUUCCAACAUAAAAUGAAUGAUGACAAUAAAGAAAAUAUAAUACCAAAGAUGAUUGUUAAAAAUCCUUUAUCAAAUCGUAAUACAACUCCUGUGAAUUCUGUGAAUAACUUACCACCGGCUUCAAUUCAACCAAUGUCAUCACCAUUGCCAUUUUCUAUUUCAACCCCAGUGAGUAAAGUACAUUCGAAUACUGCUGUCCACUCACAUAUUUAUGAAUCAUUGGGACCAUCACAGUCAACACCCUUACACUAUAGUGGAAAAUGGAAUUUAUCAUUAAAUAACUCUGAUAGUGGUUUCUUCAGUAGCCAGUCUACAGAAUUAACGUCUAGUGUACAAAAGACGCCUAUUUCAGAAACAACAGACAAUAAACUUCAUCCGUAUCAAUUCGUUGAUUCACCUUCUCUGAAAGUCUCCAAUGUUGCCUCGUCAUCAUCAUCUAAUCCAGCUUUGAGUUCUUUAAGAAAUACAUCUCUGUCAACGUUAUCAUCUCAGUCAAGAGAACAUUUGUCAGCAUUUAGUGUACCAGUUAAACGAUUACCUCUAGUUACCAUGGUUGAACAAUCAAAUGUCUCUUCUAAAUCAUCAAGUGAUGAAUACAAGCGUCAGUAUAGUACAACUUCUAGUGAUAAUCGUAGUUCUCGUCAUUCUGACACUUCUCAAUUCAAUACGAUUGCAUCAUAUGAUAAUAAAAAUAGUAAUACAAUUAAACCAGUUUGGAGACCGUAUUUAGAUUAG